CCCAGUCUGUCUCAUCGGUGUGACCGGAGUUCCUCUUCCGCUGACAGGCUGCUGUCACACAGCUACCAUGUUAUCCCAUUCCCGGUGUCUCACCAGGAAUUUCGGCCGCUCCCUCUCUGCCAUCCGCCAGGGAAACAAUGUGUUAGCUCGUCGGGCCACUGCAGUUCUAUCAGCCUGCCAUCCUACAACUCUAAACAACAAUGUACCAUAUAAUCCCCGUUCCAGUGUCUUCCAAGUCCAGUACUUCAGGACAUCUGUAGCUUACAGAGAUGAAGUUAUCACAGUCAAGACUCCUGCAUUUGCAGAGUCUGUCACAGAGGGGGAUGUAAGGUGGGAGAAAGCUGUUGGAGACUCUGUCUCUGAGGAUGAGGUGGUGUGCGAAAUUGAAACAGAUAAGACAUCAGUGCAGGUUCCCUCUCCUGCUGCAGGAGUGAUAGAGGAGCUUUUGGUCCCAGAUGGGGGGAAGGUCGAAGGAGGAACACCACUUUUCAAGCUUAAAAAAGGAGCUGGGGCUGCUAAGGCUCCAGAAUCUCCCAAAGCUGCUGCGGCUCCUUCACCACCUUCUGCUGCUCCAACUCCCCCACCUCCUCCCUCCACCGUGGAGCCCAUUCCCACCACCAUGCCCCCCGUGCCACCUGUGCCAGCACAUGCUAUGGACACCAAACCAGUUUCAGCCAUCAAACCCACUGCUGCUCCAGCUGCGCCAGCAGCCCACGCUGAGGGAGGAGCUAAAGCAGCAAGGACAGAGAGCAGAGUUAAGAUGAACCGCAUGAGACUAAGAAUUGCCCAGAGGCUGAAGGAAGCUCAAAACACCUGUGCUAUGUUGACUACGUUUAACGAGGUCGAUAUGAGUAACAUCAGCGAGAUGAGGAAGGCUUACAAAGAUGCUUUUCUGAAAAAACACAACAUCAAGCUGGGCUUCAUGUCUGCGUUUGUGAAGGCUGCCGCCUACGCUCUAGUUGAUCAACCUGCUGUCAACGCAGUGAUUGACGACACAACCAAAGAGAUCGUGUACAGGGACUAUGUUGACAUCAGUGUUGCAGUAGCAACACCAAAGGGAUUGGUGGUUCCUGUAAUACGAAAUGUGGAGGAAAUGAACUUUACUGAUAUUGAGAAAGCAAUCAAUUUGUUGGGAGAAAAGGCGCGUAAAAACGAACUAGCUGUUGAAGACAUGGAUGGAGGCACCUUCACCAUCAGCAACGGUGGCGUGUUUGGGUCCUUGUUUGGCACACCUAUAAUCAACCCACCUCAGUCUGCUAUUCUGGGCAUGCAUGGCAUCUUUGACAGGCCUGUUGCAGUGGGUGGCAAGGUGGAGAUCCGUCCCAUGAUGUAUGUUGCUUUGACGUACGAUCAUCGUCUCAUCGAUGGCAGAGAGGCCGUCACUUUCCUGCGUAAGAUCAAGUCUGUGGUGGAGGACCCCAGGGUGCUCCUCCUCGACAUGUGAGCCUAUGACAACUCUGGGCCCACUAAACCAAUCCCACACAAACAGCGGCUGUACACACCUAAAAAAAAGAAACUUUACCAUUACUGCAGUUAAUGUAUUGUUGUCUUGGUUAACUAGGGAAAAAAAGGUUUGUUUUGAAAAGUUAAAUUGUGAAUGGACAUUUGUAAGACCGGCUGGGCUGCAAGGUUUGGCACUGGGCUCUGUGGUUUCAGGUGCUGGUCUCUUGAUCAAAGAAACAAAAAGAAAUAUUCUAUAACUUGUUCGCCAAAUGUCAUUUUCUACACAGAAUUUAAUAAAAAUCCAGUUGUUGUGAGAUGACAGGCAAGUAAAGAUACAACUACAUAGAAUUUUAUUAUUGUGGUUGAGAGAUGAACAAUGAGCACAUAUUGGGCUAGAAAACAAGGAACACUAUGUUUUAAAAAUCUCCAAAGUGAAGGAAUCCUCAGAGGGUUUAUGCCAUCUAGUUCAUGAAAUUCUCUUUUUGCUGUGUGACAUAGACUAUUUAAGAGAAAAGGAAAGUUUUAAACAAUAAAAACUUCAUUACCCCA